UAAAUGGAGGUCCAUCUGCACCCCACUAAUUCGUCCGCAACACCGAGAGCCAAGCGCUACAUCUUGCUUUAAUACACACACAUACACACACACACAAUCAACAUGGGAAAGGAAAAGGGUCAUAUUAACGUCGUCGUCAUCGGUCACGUCGAUUCUGGUAAGUCUACCACUACUGGUCACUUGAUUUACAAGUGCGGUGGUAUCGACAAGCGUACCAUUGAGAAGUUCGAGAAGGAGGCCGCCGAGCUCGGUAAGGGUUCCUUCAAGUACGCCUGGGUUUUGGAUAAGCUUAAGGCUGAGCGUGAACGUGGUAUCACCAUUGACAUUGCCCUCUGGAAGUUCGAGACUCCCAAGUACAACGUCACCGUUAUUGAUGCCCCCGGCCAUCGUGAUUUCAUCAAGAACAUGAUUACCGGUACUUCCCAAGCUGACUGUGCUAUCCUCAUUAUCGGUGGUGGCACUGGUGAGUUCGAGGCCGGUAUCUCCAAGGAUGGUCAAACCCGUGAGCACGCUCUUUUGGCCUACACCUUGGGUGUCAAGCAACUCAUUGUUGCCGUCAACAAGAUGGACACCACUGGCUGGUCCCAAGCCCGUUUCGAGGAAAUCGUCAAGGAGACUUCCAACUUCAUCAAGAAGGUUGGUUUCAACCCCAAGACUGUUCCCUUCGUCCCCAUCUCUGGUUUCCAAGGUGACAACAUGAUUGAGCCUACCACCAACAUGCCCUGGUACAAGGGAUGGAACAAGGAGACCAAGUCCGGUUCCUACACCGGUAAGACCUUGUUGGAGGCCAUUGACGCCAUUGAGCCCCCUGCACGUCCCACUGACAAGCCCCUCCGUCUUCCCCUUCAAGAUGUCUACAAGAUCGGUGGUAUUGGUACAGUCCCCGUCGGUCGUGUCGAGACUGGUGUUAUCAAGCCCGGUAUGAUCGUCACCUUCGCUCCCUCCGGUGUCACCACUGAAGUUAAGUCCGUCGAGAUGCACCACGAGUCUCUCGAGGCUGGUGUUCCCGGUGACAACGUUGGUUUCAACGUCAAGAACGUUUCCGUCAAGGAUAUCCGCCGUGGUAACGUUGGUGGUAUUGGUACAGUCCCCGUCGGUCGUGUCGAGACUGGUGUCUUGAACCACCCCGGUCAAAUCUCUUCCGGUUACGCUCCCGUUUUGGAUUGCCACACUGCCCACAUUGCUUGCAAGUUCGAGGAGCUCAUUGAGAAGAUCGACCGUCGUUCCGGUAAGAAGAUUGAGGACCACCCCAAGUUCGUCAAGUCCGGUGACGCUUGCAUCGCCAAGAUGGUUCCCUCCAAGCCCAUGUGUGUUGAGGCUUUCACUGACUACGCUCCUCUUGGUCGUUUCGCCGUCCGUGACAUGCGUCAAACCGUCGCUGUCGGUGUCAUCAAGGCUGUCGAGAAGGUUGCCCCUGGUCAAGCCAAGGUCACCAAGGCUGCCCAAAAGGCCCAAAAGAAGUAAGUUGAUUCACUCGGAGUUUAGUAAAAAGACUUAUUUAUGAUGGUGAUAAUUAUUUAAAGGAUGUGUGAUGGUGUAUGGUGUGUACUGGUUUUGGUUUUGAGGAGUGAUUGUUGAAUUUUGUUGCUUGGCAUAACAAGCGUUUGAUGCAGCAGCGGU